ACGGUUUGUUUUUCGUACCUCUUCAGGAUGGAGUUUCAGAUAUUCACGUUUGUUUUCGUUUUAGGCUGAGACGUCUGUCGAUUCGGACCGGCAGAAGUGCUUGAAUCAGAAAAACCUUAAUAAAGAUAGCUGUGAUUACGAAAAGCAGUACGAUCUUGGAAGCCUGACCAAAGAAGACCUGCUAGAAGAGAACGCCGCCCUGCGAAUGCAGAUCGCGUUCUUAAAGGAGCAGAUUGAAGAGCAGGAAGGCAGAAGGCUUUCCUCGCCGGCCGUCAACUCAGUAAACACCGUUGACAGCAAGGAUUCGCCUGUGCAGACGGACAACGAUCUUUUGCUGAACAACGGAGCUGCUGUCAACGGCUGCGACAAGCCGGUUCUCAACUGUUUUUCCAAAACGUGCAGGCAGUCGUCGACUAUCAGACCAGAAAACCUGACUGGCCCUACUCCUUCGAAGACACGGAUCGUCGACGAAUUUCGUCAAGAGUUCGCUUUUCGGCCAAUCGAGCGAUCCGUACUUCAAACAAUAGUGAAACCUAUAGAGGUAGUGUACCAUGCAGCGCCGCUGAUCAAGGUGGGUAGGACUGUUGAAUCGGAAGUUCUUUCUGCAUCCCAGCGGACAGCUCAGAGUCAAGUUACGAUGUUUCAAUGCGCUUACAGCUGGCCCAGGCCUCGACUGUUUUUCCCGGCUAGCGAGUUCAUGCGGUCUGCUUGA